UGUAAAUUUACUUCCAGAUGCAGGGAUGACGGGAAUGGCGACUGUGGAAUAUGAACUAGUUCCACCCGAUGGAGGGUGGGGCUGGAUGAUUGUUUUAGGGGCAGCGCUCUCCAACAUGACUGGUCAAUGCCUGGUCGCCAUAUUCAGCAUACUGUUUGGAGACAAGAUGCUGUCCCUAGGAUUCAACACAACGAGCGCUGCCGUCAUCAUGAACACCAUGAUGGCAGUCAUGCAGUUCUCUGGUCUUCUCACGGGGCCGCUGCUGAAGAAAUUCAGUAUACGUCAAGUGGCUUUCAGCGGGGGCUGUCUAAUAGUGUCGGGGCUCCUUCUCACCAGUUUUGCCAAUUCGUUCAUCCACAUCAUUAUCACCUACAGCAUCUUCAUAGGUCUCGGCUUUGGGCUGGUCGCUCCCUCCGGCUUCAUAGUAGUGAAAACGUACUUCUUGAAGGCGCGAGGUCGUGCCGUCGGCAUGUACAUGUCGGGUGGAAACGUUGGCCAGAUGGCGAUGCCGCACGUGGUGCGUUUCCUGCUGGAGAACUACGGCUUCACCGGCACCAUGAUGGUUCUGGGAGCCGUGGCCAUGCACGGACCCGUGGGCAGCCUCCUCUUCCACCCGCUGGAGUGGCACGCCGAGCGCCGACCCGUCGCCAGCGAGUUGAAGCCGCUCAAGGGCGAGCCACACGGGUCCACGGACGGCGCUACAGUGGACGUGGAUCGCACUAAGCUCCGGCAGCCGAGGCACUUCACCUCCGUGACGUCACUAGCCAACUCCGAACUGGGCGACGUGAACGAAGCCGUGCCCGUACACUACAGCAAGCGUCUGCCCACCACUGGCGAAGAGGACACGAGAUCAGUUCGACAGAAGCCCGAACCAGUGUGGCGUCGUGUGAUCGCCUUCAUGGACCUGGACCUGCUGCGCAACCAGGUGUACCUGAACGUGAUGUUCGGCUCGGCGUGCACCAUCACGGCGGCCAUCAACUUCUCGCUGCUGCUGCCCUUGUACCUGCAGCGCCACCUGAGGCUCUCCAUGUCAGACACGGCGCUCUGCCUCACCAUGUUGGCUGCCGGCGACCUCGUGGCCAGGCUCACCCUGCCUACCUUCACUGACCGCCUCAAGGUCAAGCCGCGCCUCACGUUCUUCGUCGGUACUGUCUUCUGUGGGCUCACCCGCUCAGUGAUAGCCACGUCUUCUGGCAUGGUGGCUCUGUGCAUAUGGAACGCUCUGUCUGGUUUCUCCCGAGGUGCCGCCAUGAUCAACACAAACCUGUGCGUGGCCGAGGUGUGCCCCGAGCACAAACUGCCGGCCGGCAUAGGAUUCAACAUGGUCUCCUGCGGCGUCCUGCUACUUACUGUCGGACCUGCCAUAGGCUACGUCCGUGACGAGACAGGAGACUACCCACUGUGUAUUCAUCUACUGACUGUGUUGAUGCUCGUCGCCAUGAUGUCUUGGCUAAUUGAGGGCGUCGUGCAUUGGUGCCGCCGAAAGUGAUGAUUCAAGACUUGAGUUAGCGAUGAAGAGAUACCACACGGAGAACGAUGGUGUCUCUCUUUAAAUUGGAGAGGAAUCUUGUAUACGAAACAUUAUUGCAAAUUUGUCAGCAUCUUAUGAAAUCUCAUUAUGAAGUGAAGAUAUAAACACUGUGUUAAUUUAACGAGUUUUAGUUUGACAUGUGAUAAUUUGAUAUUUAAUCGUAUUACACUCUCCAAUUUCUGUAUGACUGCUCACGGACAAUAACAAUACCAAUUUCUCAGUACCUACGAUGGUACGUGAGGUACGAGGUUGUAUGGCAUGAUGAUCACGUACAUUGUAGAUACUUGUAGAAUUUUCGAAGUUCUGUAAAACUACAAAAUGUAAAAUAUGGACAUGGAGCUCUUACCCAGAUCAAUCUGUCU